AUGAAUUCAUUCACGCCACUCUCGUCUCCGUCUCCGUCCUCCGUCUCCUCUUCGACCUCGCACUCACAGCAUGGAGAUCCCCAGCUAACACGCGCUUUGGAAGACUCCCGUCAACCCGCUCCUCCGGCUACCUCUGCUCCUGCUCCUGCUCCUGCUCCUGCUCCUGGACCCCCCAACACCGCUUCUUCUACCGCCACGACUGCCUCGCUUCUCUCAGCUGCCUCCUCGAUCGUUCCGCAAAAGCCGCCGAAAGCAAAGAUGACCAACCGGCUCAGUCGCAUGUUCUCUCAGACCCGCUCGUCAGCGCCUUCUGCCUCGGUCUCCCCCAGUAGACAGUCUCUAGACCCGUCGCCAAGACAGAAUGGUGACUCGACCAUUGCCUCGACCAUGAUGAUGCCUCCUUCGUCUUCCCCGGCUACAGGCCCAACAGACCGAAAAUCCGACCAGAAGGCUGCAGAAAAGAAACCGGACGGGAAACCUGCAGACAGAAGAGCAGAAAAAGGCAAGGACGCCGUUCAGCCAAUAAAGCGGUUCGAGUUACUCCCAGAUGGCACGCACAAGCACACUCUCAAGUCGGCCAGGCGUCAGGAGAAGCUGUCGGACAUGCUACGAGAUAUGAUCGGAGCCGGAAAGAAGAAGGAAGAUGCUGCUGCUGCUCACGCUCACCCACCAGGUCAGGCCGAUGACCAGCAGCAGCUCUCUCUAGUCUCCACCUGGGUUGACCAGCUCAAGAACGAGAAGGAGAAGAUGGCAGCCGAUAAGAAGGGCGGACCAAACAGCACGGCCUCUCUUGUUGACAAAUACGGCAAGUGUCAUGAAAUCGUUGGGCGGGGUGCCUUUGGAAUUGUCCGCAUCUCCCACAAGAUCGAUCCCAAGGACUCCAAGACAGAACAUGUCUAUGCCGUCAAGGAAUUCCGCCGCCGGCCCCAAGAAACAGUCAAGAAAUACCAGAAGCGUCUCACCUCGGAGUUCUGCAUCUCUUCCUCGCUCCGCCAUCCAAACAUCAUCCAUACCCUCGAUCUCAUGCAGGACGCCAAGGGUGACUACUGCGAGGUCAUGGAAUACUGCGCUGGAGGAGACCUCUACACUCUCAUUCUUGCUGCCGGCAAACUCGAGGUCGGCGAGGCUGACUGCUACUUCAAGCAACUCAUGCGUGGCGUCGAAUACAUGCACGAAAUGGGUGUUGCUCAUCGAGAUCUGAAACCCGAAAACCUCCUGCUCACUACGCACGGUGCGCUCAAGAUCACCGAUUUCGGCAACGGGGAAUGUUUCCGCAUGGCCUGGGAGAAAGAAGCGCACAUGACCGCUGGUUUAUGUGGGUCUGCACCAUAUAUUGCCCCCGAAGAAUACGUGGAUAAGGAGUUCGACCCCAGAGCUGUAGAUCUGUGGGCUACUGGUGUCAUCUACAUGGCUAUGCGCACCGGAAGACAUCUGUGGCGCCAGGCCCAGAAGGAAGAAGACGAAUUCUACGAUCGAUACCUUGAGGGGCGCAGGGACGAAGAUGGCUACGCCCCUAUCGAGACUCUGCAUCGUGCACGCUGUAGAAACGUUAUCUACUCCAUUCUUGACCCCAACCCUGGGCGCCGUAUCACAGCUUCUCAGGUUCUCAAAUCCGAAUGGGUCCGGGAUAUCAAGCUAUGCAAAGCUGGUGAAGAAGGCUUCUAA